UCCUCUCUAAAAUCAAUAAAAAGAUAUUUUUAAAAAUUACAAAAGAAAAGGGGGGGUGAGUAGACAGGUAGAGGGCCUUGUAGAGAUAAAAGCCUGAAAGCCUCUUGCUUGAGGGGUCCACCUCCCCCUCCCAGCCUGGUUUCCCCUCAGUGGUUUCUCCAGCUCCGCCCUCUCAGCACCUCCAGCUUGGUCUUAGUUUCCUGUCCCCAGCACUCUGGUCUGCAGCAGCAUGGCACUAACUGCCCAUCUCUCCUGCUUCCUGGUCCUGUUGGUGGCAGGUCUAGCCCAAGGCAUCAAGGACUCCCUCAGAGUCCAGAACCCAGGUGCGGGGCCACUGGAGCUGAAAGAGGUCUUCACUCUGUUCCAGAUCCAGUAUAACCGAAGUUACUCGAACCCAGCAGAGUAUGCUCGCCGCUUGGAUAUCUUUGCCCGAAACCUGGCCCGGGCUCAGCGGCUGCAGGAGGAGGACUUGGGCACAGCCGAGUUUGGGGUGACUGCAUUCAGUGACCUUACAGAGGAGGAGUUUGACCAGCUGUAUGGGAAUCAGAGGGCAGCUGGAAGGGCCCCCAACGUGGACAGAAAGGUAGGAUCUGAUGAGUGGGAGGAGUCAGUGCCCUCCACGUGUGACUGGCGGAAGGCGCCCGGUGUCAUCUCACCUGUCAAGUACCAGAAAACCUGCUUGUGCUGCUGGGCCAUGGCGGCUGCGGGCAACAUCGAAGCCCAGUGGGGCGUUAAGUUCAAACGGUCUGUGGAAGUCUCUGUGCAGGGUACGGCUGGGAGAGGGGGCAUGUGUGCCAAUGGGGGCAGGGGGCCUGGGGAUCAGUCACCCACAUUGUCCCUUCUGGCACCAGAACUACUCGACUGCGGCCGCUGUGGGGAUGGCUGCGGGGGCGGCUUCGUCUGGGACGCAUUCAUAACUGUCCUCAACAACAGUGGCCUGGCUAGCGAAAAGGACUAUCCGUUCCAGGGGGCGGUCGGAACCAAGUGCCAGGCUAGGAAGCACAAGAAGGUGGCCUGGAUCCAGGAUUUCAUCAUGCUGUCGGGCAACGAGCAGGGAAUUGCCCGGUAUCUGGCCACUGAGGGCCCCAUCACUGUGACCAUCAACAAGAAGCUAUUGCAGGUGCGACAGGGAAGAGAAUGGGGGGAAGAACAUAUAGGGGAUGUGGCCCCAGACUCAGCCCCUCUGCCCCUGCCCCUGCAGCAAUACCAGAAUGGUGUGAUCAAGGCCACAGACACCACCUGUGACCCUCGCUAUGUGGACCAUGUUGUCCUGCUGGUGGGUUUUGGUAAGACCAAGUCGGUGGAGGGGAGGCAGGCAAAGGACGUCUCAGGCCAUUCUCAUCGUCGCUCCACCCCAUACUGGAUCCUGAAGAACUCCUGGGGGGCCAACUGGGGUGAGAAGGUGAGUGUGAUAUUGGGACAGGACAGGGCAGGGCUCUCCCCGCCUUCUGGCCCUGCCCUGAUGUCCUCUGACUUCCUAGGGUUAUUUCCGGCUGCACCGAGGGAGCAAUGCCUGUGGUAUCACCAAGUACCCGAUUACUGCCCGAGUGGAUCUACCAGCUAAGAAGGUCUCCUGCCCUCCCUGAGCCCGCCCCUCGCUCUCGCCUGCUAUGCCUGCUGCGUCCUUGCUGGCCACCCCCAAAGUCUUCUCCUGUCCUCCCAAUCCUCUUGCUAUGCGUUGAAUAAACAAAGACAAGAUUCUGUAUUCUCA